UGGAAAGGAAGGCGGAGUUGAUUAUCACAUUGAUGUUCUGAUAGCUCCCUACAGGCUGCGGCAGACCCAGGAGAAGCAGCGAUAGUUAAUUCGUCUUCUUCUUGGUCUUCAUAUUCCUCUUCUUCAUCAUCCUCUAUCUCGAUACCCUGACUUCACCUGCAAAAAACAAUGUCCGAGUCCAAGACACCCACAAUUCCGCCGUACGUGAAAGCCCUCUCCGGCUCCAUCGGAGGAAUCGUGGAGGCGUCUUGUCUGCAGCCUAUCGACGUCAUCAAAACCAGGUUGCAGCUCGACACUUCCGGCACCUACAAGGGAAUCAUCCACUGUGGCGCCACCGUUUAUCGUACGGAAGGCGUGCGAGCCCUAUGGAAGGGGUUGACUCCCUUCGCCACUCACCUCACCCUCAAAUACACUCUUCGAAUGGGAUCCAAUGCUCUGUUUCAGAGUGCCUUCAAGGAUUCUCAGACCGGACAGCUCAGCAACACGGGUCGGCUUCUUUCCGGUUUCGGGGCGGGUGUGCUUGAGGCUCUUGUUAUUGUUACGCCCUUUGAGGUGGUUAAAAUUAGACUACAGCAGCAGAGGGGAUUAAGUCCUGAGCUUCUAAAAUACAAAGGUCCAAUACACUGUGCUCGUACAAUCAUUCGUGAAGAAGGCCUUCGUGGCCUUUGGGCAGGGGCAGCUCCAACUGUUAUGCGAAAUGGGACAAACCAGUCUGCCAUGUUUACAGCAAAGAAUGCUUUUGAUGGAAUCUUAUGGAAGAAACAAGAAGGUGAUGGGAAGGUCCUCCAACCAUGGCAAUCUAUGAUUUCUGGAUUCCUUGCUGGCACAGCAGGUCCUGUGUGCACUGGCCCCUUUGAUGUAGUAAAAACGAGACUGAUGGCUCAGGGUCGAGCUGGUGGGAAGUUGAAGUACAAAGGCAUGGUCCAUGCUAUUAGAACAAUAUUUGCUGAGGAAGGAUUGCUUGCCCUGUGGAAGGGACUGCUACCUCGGCUCAUGAGGAUCCCACCUGGACAGGCCAUCAUGUGGGGUGUGGCUGACCAAGUGACAGGCUUUUACGAGAGGAGAUAUAUUCAUAAUGCACCUUUAUAGGUACCAUUCACAUCGUUAGCCUUGUGGCUCUUAAGUUUGCAAGCAUAGAGUCAUAUAUGCUCAAGUAGCAAUUUUUGGUUUCAUUUGGCUCUUCAAUGAACGUCGAUUCUUCAGACUAUAUAACUAGUUUCAAAGUGGUGGGGGCUGCAACCAAAAUUUCCUCUGCCCUGUUUUACCAUAUAUUUCAUUUUUAGAACUGCCCUGUAUGACCAUAUGUUUCAUUUUUAGAGCUCUUCAGUCAUGAUGAAGUCGGGAUGAAGAUUUAUGGUUUCCUCAUAGGAAAUUCUACUUGCAGAUUCAUGCAUGUUCAGGGUAUAUGAAUCUUGAGCUGCUGGUGAAUCUGAUCAUUUGAAGCUCUGCAGGAGGACAUCAUGUUUUUUUUUUUCUUUUUUUUUCUUUUUUUUAUUAUUGCCAGCAACAGCAUUUUUCUCCUUGGCAUUUUUUUAUCAGGGCCUAGGGUUUCAAUUUCUUGUAUGUAGUUGUCAACCUAUUCCCGAUUUAUUUGGUCCCAUUGCUGCUCAUUGGUUGAUUCUUCUUAAACAUAGUGAAACGAAGUAAAAAUGAGAUUUGAGCGCA